AUGUCUACUCUCUUCGGAAACGCCAACUUGUUUCCCUCGCAGCAGCAGCCGUCGAUUUUUUCGCAAUCCCAGAACACCACUGCCACUAGUAAUGGAAUAAACAAUGUUAGCAACCCACAGAGUGCCGGGCCAACUUCAAACAUCCAAAACUCAUCAAAUCACUUAAAUAACUCAUCCAAUACAAACCCUACUUGGUUUCAAAAUAGCAAGAAAAGAGUGAUUCCAAACCAUUUAGUGCCCAAAAAGAGAGCUGGAUUCCAUGUGACGUCAUCUUCGUCUGGAUCAUCAAACCCAUCGUCAUCUAAUUCAAAGAGUGGAACGUUAUCCUCGUCCUCUUCCACAUCUGCUUCUAAGAAGGACUCCAAAUCACCAAAUUUCUUAUCGUCAUUAUCGUCAUCUAAUAGCAAUGACUUCAAUUUGAUUUCCUUUGGCUCAAAUGUGCACAGAAACACCAGUGCUAGCGUUGGGUCCUUGUACGAUGCCUCUAUCGGAGGUGGUGAUAUAACCAAGUACGACGAAACUAUUAAUGAUACAUUGCACGAGGAGUUUCUGUUGUACGAAACCCAAGAUGAUUUGCCUCCUUCGAGGUCAAUUUAUGACUUGAAUGACGAAGUCUUACUAUCAUUGAAUGAGCCUUCGAAGCAGCACUCAGACUCGUUCUUAAAUAAAGAUCCAAAGGACUUCAACAAUGUAUUCAACAGGGCCACAGCUUCGUCGUCUGCUGUCCCAGUCGGUGGGAAAGAUGAAAAGCAGUCGUCCACUUCAAUCAUUGGGACUGAAAUACUCAAUGAUUCCACCACAGCCGGCGCUGGCAGUACAACCGUACUGGAGACGUUGAAAUCAUUGAAGAACGGCGACUCGGCCAUUUUGGUAUUCGGGUACCCUGAAUCGAUGGCUAACCAGGUCAUUCAGCAUUUUCAAGCCUAUGGAAGUAUUUUGGAAGACUUUGAAGCAACCAAGACUAAGCACCAUUUUACUAAGUACUACCACCAGCAAAGCGCAUCCAGAGAUUUCGAUAGUACGUCGGCUAGCAGUCAGAUUAUCCCACUCUUCACUGGCCAUUCGUGGGUGAAAUUGACCUUCGACAAUCCUGCUUCAGCUAUAAAUGCAUUGCGUGAAAAUGGUUCUGUGUUCAAUGGUGUCUUAUUAGGAGUCAUCCCGUAUAAUAAGUACGCUCUUGAGAAACUAGAAAAGAGAAAGUUACAACCCGGAGAAGAUAUCGGAGGAGGGUUGGAAUUGCUGUUGUAUGCAACGAGCUCUUCUCCUACAGCUAUUAGCACCAACAACAAUAAUAUACCUUCGUCAUCCAAUGCAAUCAACCCUGAUUCAGAGAACCAAUCUUCUUACAGUAAUAAGCUAGACAUUAAAGAUGGAUCUGGAUUCUUUUUACAUGCCAAAAACGUUAACGACCAAUCGAAACCUGAUGAGACAAAGAAGGGAGGGCAAAUAGGAAUACUCAAUUCGAUUUCAAAGUAUUUAUUUGGAAUUAAUGAAUUGUAG